GUGUCGCAGUUUGCACUUGUGGAUCACAACGUUCUUCAGACAAGGUACUAUGCAUCUGCAACAGGUAGGGUUGUUGCAGUGAUCGAUAAUCACAGGCAUGAAGGACAAUACAAGGGUGCUAGUACAGCUGAUCCCAGGGUAGUUGAAACGGCUGGAAGUUGCUCGUCUCUUGUUGCAAGAUUGUAUCAAUCAAUUGACGACGCUCUUGCUGAUGCUAUUUUGAUCAAUACCCAAGUCCUAAAAGAGGGAGGAAAAGCUCUGGUCGUCGACAGGGAGGCAGCUGCGCUCUCAAUUCCCAUCUCUGCAUCAGAUAACCAGCUAAUCGCCCAUCUCUCCUCUGUCCAGUCUCUGUCUACAAUGUUGAGAGAGAAGAAGCCUUCCGCAUCCCAUCUCAACACGCGGGAAUUGCUGCGGAGAGACUACAAAGAGUAUGCAUUCAGCAUGCCUGCAUCUGAGGAUCCGACCCAAUCUUUCAAUGUGAUAAGAGCACGUCUUGCUGCCGUCCCAAUUCGCCUCUCCGCAUUCUUUGCAUCAUCGAUUUAUCCUAUGAAAGAAAUUCAAGAUUGGCUCGCCGAAACAGAUCUUAGCGUUCUCUACAUACUGACUACUUUUCGGAGCCAUAAAGGCAAGGGAAGGCGCGAGCAACUUUGGAUAGUCAAGGCAGACGAAGGCAUCACAGAGAAACUUUGGCAAGGCCUCGAAUCAAGCGAAGAGCUUCAGCUAAAAAGGCUUGAUUUCUCGAAGUUUGUGGGCAACGCUAACGCAGCUGAUGAAUCUGAGGUCGACGAUGCCGAAGACGUAAUGGCCGAUGAAACGCGAUUUGGUGAUUCAUUUGUCGCGAGGGCGUACAAGCAGGGCAACGCGAGCGCGACGAGGAAGCAGACUGCCCCAUUAUCCGGAGACUUAUAGAGGGGCUAUGUACUCAUGAGAAAUCAAAUGAACCCAUGCAAAUUUAACGAUUGUCGUGUCGGAUUGUCCUUGAGUUUCUCCAUAAUCAAUAAAGACCUUUUGCCCUUCAUUCAUGCCAUGGUUGCAUGACCAGCUUACGCAUUCGAGCGCGGUAAACUCUUGGAGCCC